CAGAAGAGAGAACCAAUCAUAUCAGCUUCUGACUUUGGCAUCACCCUGCUUAGCUUGCCGCUCUUGCUUGGAUGAUCACCUGCCCUGGAAGCAGUGGCAUGGGAUAUUCAAGGCAUUUUCUGCCUGUCCAGUGCACCCUGGCUAAUCAUGCUUUAUCAGGGCUCCUCAUCUACCUGGCAUGCGUCAUUGGCUCAGACAGCCACCACCCGGAUCCUAGCACUGGUUCUGCAGAGCUGCGCCUGGUGAAUGGCUCGAACCACUGUUCUGGGAGAGUGGAGAUAAUGUAUUAUCACCAGUGGGGAACUGUGUGUGAUGACGACUGGAGCAUUGCUAAUGCCAAAGUGGUGUGCCGGCAGCUGGGCUGUGGGGAAGCAGUAUCAGCCCAUAGCUCAGCAUACUUUGGCCAGGGGUCAGGCCCCAUUUGGCUAGACAACGUUCAGUGCAUUGGGACAGAAACUGCCCUGUCUCAAUGUCAGGCCAGGCCAUUGGGAUUAAAUAACUGUUACCACGGAGAAGAUGCUGGAGUUGUGUGCGCAGAAGGCGUAACCACUGAAACACCAGCUGAGCUGCGCCUGGUGAAUGGCCCCAGCCACUGCGCAGGGCGCGUGGAGGUGAUGCACGACCACCAAUGGGGCACAGUGUGUGAUGAUGACUGGGACCUGAACGAGGCCAUGGUGGUGUGUCGGCAACUGGACUGUGGGACAGCUGUCUCAGCCCCAGGCUCAGCUCACUUUGGACAAGGCUCUGGUCGUGUUUGGUUGGAUAAUGUAAACUGCACAGGGGCAGAAGCUGCCCUCUCUGAGUGCCAGAGGAGGCCAUGGGGAUCCAACGACUGCACCCACAGGGAGGAUGCUGGUGUGGUGUGCUCAGAUUCAAAGUCUUCAGAGCACCGUCUGGUGAGGCUGAUGAAUGGUUCAAACAACUGCAUUGGAAGAGUUGAGAUUUUUCAUGACCAUAAGUGGGGAACUGUGUGUGAUGACACUUGGGACCUACAGGAUGCUGCAGUUGUGUGCCGGGAGCUGGGCUGUGGGAUGGCAAUGUCAGCACCAGGCUCAGCUCAUUUUGGACAAGGUUCAGACCCCAUCUGGCAGGACAACAUUCACUGUGCAGGAACUGAGUCCACCCUUGAGGAGUGUUCACUGAGCAACUGGGGAGAACACAACUGCGGUCACAGUGAGGAUGCUGGCGUGGUGUGCUCAGGCACCAACCCUUUGCAGCUGCGGGUGCAGGAUGGUCCUGGUUCCUGUGCGGGGCGUGUGGAGGUUCUGUACAACGCUACCUGGUAUGGCAUCUGUGACAGCAGCUGGACCAUGCUGGAGGCCAAAGUGGUCUGCAAGCAGCUGGGCUGUGGACCAGCAGAGUCUGCACCCAUUGGAGCACAGUUCAGCCAAGGGCAUGACCUUAAAUUGCUGGAGGGGCUGAACUGUCGUGGCACAGAAUCACUCUUUCUGGAGUGCCAGGAGAGAAACAUGGGUCCAGGACCUUGCAGAGGUGGCAUGGCAGCUGGUGUGGUGUGCACAGAGAUAAAAGACAUUGAGCAUUCCUGCUCAGUGUUGUCAGGUCUGCUUGGCGUGGUGGCGGUGCUCUGUGGAAUCCUGUUGGUCAUGUACUUGAGCGUGAGAUGUAGAAGACAGGCUGGACGCAUCCUGGACAAGUCACAUGUAAGGAAGAUGGAGAAUGCUGGGACAUCUUAGUUAGCCACACUUCUGAUACUGAAGGCAAGACUCUCUCAGGACCCCAGAAGGCAGCAGAGACACUGUUCUGUGGAACCAGAGGAACAGAGCUACACUAAGAGGACAGCAGAGAAGAUCUCCUCUAGCAAUCCCAUCAUAUGUGCCCUGUAGUCCCUGGCUCACAGCACUGAGCCUCUUGGGGUCCCAGUUCCACCCUUGACCACACACAGCACCAUAAAUCCCUCAGUCUCCAAGAAAUGUCUUCUCAGAAUGAUAACCCCUGUCUGGUCCUCCAAGUAGGCUCCAGCAUCCCAACCCCAUCUGCCUGCACAGAACCCUCAUUACCAGCCCUACAAUCCCACCCAUUCCAUCACCCCAAAACAGGGAUAACACCUUUUCCUCUAAUCUCCCAUGGAAAUCAUUUCCCGAACCAGGAAGAAGUGAGCUGGAUGCU